CCUGCCUGAGCCUGGGAUGGCUUCUCUGGUGAAAGAAACACCAGGAUUGCAUCAGGGAGGAGGAUGCUGCGAUGCCCAGGGUCUGAGCAUCUGAGCAGGGGCAGAGGAGGUUGAGGUCGGCCCGCAGCCAGGGGUGUCCUGUCAGCUGAGGAUUCACCUGAAGGAGGACCGAGGCACUCAGGACAGCUGAGCAGUGAUCUGUGAUCUGCUCACCAGGAAAAGCAGAAUCUGGCACGGAUCUAGACCACGCGGCUUCUCCCACUCACACCCUGGAUAUCGCCCGAGGACUGAGCCAUUGAUGGGCUCGGAGGAGGUCGGGUUGGAGCACCCUGCACUGUGGGUUUCUGUGCUGGCUGGUCUCCUGCUGGGAACCUGCCAGGCGCACCCCAUCCCUGACUCCAGUCCCCUCCUGCAAUUUGGAGGCCAAGUCCGGCAGCGGUACCUCUACACAGAUGACGCCCAGCAGACAGAAGCCCACCUGGAGAUCAGGGAAGAUGGCACAGUGGCAGGGGCUGCCCACCAGAGUCCCGAAAGUCUCUUGCAGCUGAAAGCCUUAAAGCCAGGGGUUAUUCAAAUCUUGGGAGUCAAGACAUCCAGGUUCCUGUGCCAGAGGCCAGACGGGGCGCUGUAUGGAUCGCUCCACUUUGACCCCGAGGCCUGCAGCUUCCGGGAGCUGCUUCUUGAGGACGGAUACAAUGUGUACCAGUCUGUGGCCCACGGCCUCCCGCUGCACCUGCCAGGGAGCAGGUCACCACCCCGGGACCCUGCACCCCGAGGACCAGCUCGCUUCCUGCCACUACCAGGCCUGCCCCCUGAACCCCCAGAGCCGCCAGGAAUCCUGGCCCCUGAGCCCCCCGACGUGGGCUCCUCAGACCCUCUGAGCAUGGUGGGGCCUUCCCAAGGCCAAAGCCCCAGCUACGCUUCCUGAGGUUACGGGCUGUUUACUAUUGCAUCUCCUCUUUAUUUAUUAGGUUAUUUAUCUUAUUUAUUUUUUUAUUUUUCUUACUUGAGAUAAUAAAGAGUUGGAGAGGA